CUCCAAGCGACGAAAUGAAACAUGAUAUGAUAAAAAUAUUGCGACAUCCAGCACUGCGUAUUCUUUAAAACUGUGUGACCUCAUCGCGUCAGAAGAGGGCGUCAGCUUUAUGAACGCGCGAUGAGACUUACUUUGUAAUAAUGAAACUCAUCAACUUUUUAUUUAAAAAUGUCACGCACAAAAUUGAUUAUUAUUCAAGGUUCUCGCCCUCGCCGAUGUCAAUCAAACAGUUUCUGGAUUUUGGCAGGGAAAAUGCAUGUGAAAAAACCUCCUACAUGUUCCUGCGUAAGGAACUGGCGGUGAGGCUGGCCAAUACCAUGAGGGAAGUGACCCUGUUGCCUGCCAAUAUUCUCAGCCAGCCGUCCGUCAAACUGGUCCAGUCCUGGUAUAGCCAAAGCUUUGAAGAGCUGUUGAAGUAUGAGACAAGAAGUCCAGAGGAUCCACAUACUCUGAAUGACUUUCUAGACAUCCUGAUUAAGAUUCGUAACAGGCACAAUGAUGUGGUGCCCACUAUGGCUCAAGGUGUCAUCGAAUACAAAGAGAAGUUUGGUUUUGACCCUUUUGUCAGCAGCAAUGUGCAAUACUUCCUGGACCGUUUCUACACCAGCCGUAUUUCUUAUCGCAUGCUCAUCAACCAGCACACUCUCCUGUUUGGUGAUGCCGCUUCUCUCGCACAGCCAAAACACAUCGGAAGCAUCGACCCAACGUGCAAUGUGGCUGAGGUGGUGAAAGAUGCAUAUGAGACGGCGAAGAUGCUCUGUGAGCAGUACUACAUGAUGGCGCCCGAGCUGAAGAUUAGCGAAAUCAAUUCCAAAACUCCACAGAAGCCUAUACAGGUGGUCUAUGUGCCCUCUCAUCUUUUCCACAUGCUGUUUGAGCUGUUCAAGAACUCUAUGAGGGCCACAGUGGAGCUGUAUGAAAACAGCAAUGAAGGGCUUCCUCCUGUGAAGGCACUGGUUACACUGGGAAAAGAGGAUCUUUCAAUAAAGAUUAGUGACCAAGGUGGAGGCGUCCCCUUACGAAAGAUCGAUCGUCUCUUUAAUUACAUGUAUUCCACCGCACCGACACCGCGGCUGGAUCCCACACAAACUGCUGUGCCGCUGGCUGGUUUUGGCUAUGGCUUGCCAAUCUCUAGACUCUAUGCUCGAUACUUUCAGGGAGACUUGAAACUGUACUCGAUUGAAGGGGUCGGGACAGAUGCAGUCAUUUAUCUUAAGGCUGUGUCCAGUGAAUCUUUUGAGCGUCUUCCAGUCUUCAAUAUGUCAGCAUGGCGACAUUACCAGACAGGUCCCGAGGCUGAUGACUGGAGCAACCCCAGCAGUGAUCCACGAGAUGCAUCCACAUAUAAAGCCAACAGAUGACUUUAUUCUACCAACAUAUUAUUAAUGAACAUUUUACUAUAAACCCUAAUGGUAACAUUUAAUAAAAAGGUUGUUUUUGUUAACAUAAGUAAAUGCAUUAGCUAACAAUGAGCAAUAUAGUUCUUUAGCAUUUAUUACUCUUUGUUAGUGUUAGUAAUGCCAAUACAAUUGUUCAUGUUAGUUCAUUGUGCAUUAGUAAAUGCUUAACAUGAACUUAGAUUAAUAUUAGUAUUAUAAUAUUAGUAUUGGUAUUGUUAAUUGUUAGUUCACAUUAGCUAAUGCAUUAUCUAAUGUUAACAAAUAUAACUUCAUUGUAAAGUGUAUUGUCAGUUGCAGUUUUAAGCAAUUUGUUAGAUUAGUGUUUGAUAGGCUUAUAAGUCAAUAUAAAUAGGUUGAUGAGCAGUUUUCUUUUUUGUGUACUUUCUGUUGAAACAGGAUCUUUGGAUGGGUCUCUAUUUAAAGCAAAACUCAAAAUGUAUCUAUUAGAGUGUGAGUUUUACUGUUAUGUCUAUUUAAGAUGUCUUUUACAUUGUUUUAUUAUAUGCUUGUUUUUAUUAGAUGUGUACAGCACUGUGGUCAACGCCGUUGUUUUAUUGUGCUAUAUAAAUAAACUAAACUAAACUUUUACUACA